AUAAACUCUAUAAUUCUUAAUGGAAAGACGCUAACUAAAUGCGAUAAGAGGCGAUGAGAUUGCAUAAUAAUAUUUAAAUACUGUAUCUUAUUAAUACAACUCAUAAAUGAAAACAAAUUAAACAGAAUGGAACAUAAAAAAUUAUGGGGUGGUUGUUUUUCCACAUCGACUGACCCAAAUUUAGAAAAGUUGAACUCUUCUAUCACUUUCGAUAAACGGAUGUAUGCUGAAGACAUCGAAGGCAGCAAAGCGUAUGCUGAAGCUCUGAAAAAAAUUAAUCUCUUAACAGAGCAUGAAACUUCUCUUAUUUGCAAAGGCCUUGAUCGCGUUAAAAUCGAAUGGGACCAAAAUUUAUUUGAGACAAAAGAAGGAGAUGAAGACAUACACACUGCCAAUGAACGACGCCUUAAAGAAAUUAUAGGAGAACCAGCCACCAAGCUUCACGUUGGUCGUAGUAGAAACGACCAAGUGGUUACUGAUAUGAAACUAUGGCUCAGAAGGCACUUGCAGGAUUUAGACAAAAUUGUGAAAUCUUUGAUUAAAGUGAUUAUCACCAGAUCUGCACACGAGAUUGACAUAAUGAUGCCUGGUUAUACCCACUUGCAACGAGCACAACCUGUGCGAUGGAGUCACUAUUUAUUGAGCCAUGCUUGGAACCUUAAAAAAGAUUGCGAUCGAUUGGACGACAUUGUCAAACUUAUCAACAUAAUGCCUUUGGGAAGCGGUGCGUUAGCCGGAAACCCUUUUAAUGUAGAUAGAACGAAUUUAGCGUCGUCGCUGGGUUUUGACUCCGUUACCCAAAAUAGCAUGCAAGCAGUGGGCGAUCGUGAUUUUAUCGCCGAAUUUUUGUUUUGGGCGUCUAUGGUUGGAAUACAUUUGAGUCGCCUAGCUGAGGAUCUUAUUCUAUACAGUUCAAAAGAAUUCGAGUUUGUAACUAUCGAUGAUACUUACUCCACCGGGAGUAGUUUAAUGCCCCAAAAACGAAAUCCUGAUAGUCUUGAGUUGAUUCGAGGCAUUGGAGGAAGUUUAUUUGGACAAUGUUGUAGCUUCAUGAUGGUUCUAAAAAGUCUACCCUCGACUUAUAACAAAGAUUUGCAAUAUGACAAAGAAGCAAUGUUUACUACUUUUGACAAAUUAAAAUCUAUUUUAGAAGUAGCUACGGGGACGGUCAAAACUCUUAAAAUUAACCAAGAUAAAUGUAAAAAUGCCUUAAGUUUUGAAAUGUUAGCUACAGACGUGGCUUAUUAUCUGGUACGAAAAAGUGUACCAUUUAGGGAUGCUCACUUUUUGGCAGGAAAAGUCGUAGCAGAAGCGGAACGUAAAGGGGUAUCCAUAUGUGAUUUAACAUUAGAAGAACUGAAAAAUAUUAGUUCAUUCUUUGAUGUGGACAUUGGGAGAGUUUGGAACUAUGAACAUAGUAUUGAACAAUACAAAGCAAUCGGAGGAACAGCUAAAACAAGUGUUGUCAAACAAAUUGAACUGCUUGAGAACUGGUUGAUGUAACUUUCGCAAAUUCAUAAUAAAUACUCAUAUACGGGUUUGCCAAUAAGUAUGGAUAGAACUGAAUAUUAAUUGAUUAUUCUCCUAAGAUUUGAACUACUUUGAUUUAAAUUGAAAUUUCUGAACAUCUUUUGUAGAACAAAAAACAAAAAAAUACAUAUUUUAGCCGGUAUUAGGCCGUUUGGAUAAAAAUACUGGAUAACUAAAAGAAAAACCAGUUUAAGUUCUCUCCGGAACGCUGUCACACAGCGAUUUCAGUUUUUGUAUUUUAAGAGACAAUAAUGAAUUGAAAAUUAUUCGUGCCAAAUUACAAACUACAUACAAAGUUUUAAUUGCCGCCCUUGUCAUUUUUUACACAAAUUACAGUUUUUUAUUUUUA